AUGCACGACCUCUUCUAUAAAGCGAAGUCCUCGUGGCUCAGAAGACGACGACAUGAGAAGAGAACACCGUCUACCAGAAGCAGUGCCCCAAACAGAGUGAUCAAUAGUAUAUCAGAAGGCCUGGUGUCUAGACAAGAGUAUCUUGAUAGACCUGCCCCUCCAUCUGACGAUCUCUGGAUCCAAGCUGAGCAGAAAAUGAGACACAACAGUGAACUGGAUACGAUCAUGACAGCCUCCAUUGAAAUACUGCAGUCCGAUUAUGAUUUGAAAUUUCAACCAGUGGAUUCGUCCCUCCAUGAGCGACUAUCUGACUUUCUUAAGACCAGGGCGAAUCUGGUGGAGGAGAAGAAGUGGAUGAUACACCUAGGAACCCAUACCAUCAUCGUCCGGGACCAACUUACCAAGGCGUUCCAAAACAUCCUGGCAGUGAAAGAUAUUGUGACUACUGCGGCAAAUGCAAGUCUCCCAGCCUCACUUGCCUGUGCUGGAAUAAUGGCCUGCUUUACGACGGUCAUCCAAGCAGCAGAGCAGCAUUCCCAUCUCCUGCAAGGAUUAGAAUCUAUUUCUGAGUUAAUUUGCCGAUUGCAUGUAAUGGAGCGCCUUUAUCUGCACUCGGACACAAAACAGAACAUUGGCCUCCUUGAUGACCUUCGGAAAACUAUGAUUUCAUUUUACUCAAAGAUACUGGAAUUCCAGGCCCGAGCGCUCUGCUAUUUACACAGACCUCGAGCAUACCAAUUCUGGAGAGAUGUCCUUAACCGCGACGGCUGGGCUAACCUGCUGCAAGAAUUUGAGAGAUACCAGAUCACACUAGGUCGAACUACUUCCGUUAUUGCAGAUGCAGGAUCAAUGCAAAGAUACGAAGAGCUUCAGGACAAGUACAAAAGAAUAUUGGAGGCCUUACACAAUCGCAACAUAUGGACAGCUACAUCCGAUCGAGAUGAGAAGGUGAAACGAUUCCUCAACCUGCUCUACACCUGUCCCUAUAAGGACCGAAAAGACCGAAACAGCAAGCGUGUCCUUGGAACCUGUGAAUGGUUCAUAGGGCAUGAGAAAUUCCAUGCCUGGCAAGGGAGUUCAGGAAAUGGCCUCUCAAGUCUACUAUGGGUGUCGGCUGAUCCAGGAUGUGGCAAGUCAGUCUUAACUCGAUAUCUGGUGGAUGAGGUUCUUGUCAGCAAUGAUAAGCGAACAGUCUGCUAUUUCUUCUUUAAAGAUGACUUUACCGACCAGAAGAGCGCAACAAGCGCGCUUUCAGUCAUAUUAAGGCAGCUAUUCAUAGCGCAGCCUCACCUUUUGCACGACGCAAUACUGGAUAAAGCGGACACUGACAGUAGCAAGCUUACUCAGUCAUUCUCAGAGCUGUGGAGUAUACUCAUGUCUGUUUCGACCGAUCCAAAGGCGGCAGAAAUAUAUUGUCUCCUUGAUGCCUUAGACGAAUGCCAUGACGAGGACCGGAGCCGGCUCAUCAACGCUGUCAACGACUUUUAUGCAAACACCCACAAGAAUAGCAAACUGAAGUUCUUGAUUACAAGUAGACCAUAUGAGCAUAUACGGCGUGGAUUCUCCCCUCUUAUCACAGAAUCACCCACCAUCCACUUAAGUGGUGACGACGGGGAAGAGGCUGAGCAGAUAUCUCAUGAAAUAAAUCUUGUCAUCCGAAAAAGAGUGCAGGACAUCAGCAAGCAAAGAUCGCUGAUGAAGGAGGAAUGCACAAUGCUCAUAGACAGGCUUACUGCGGUUCAAAAUCGAACUUAUCUGUGGGUGAGUCUGAUAUUAGAUGUCCUCGAGAAUACCCCGGAGUUCUCAAAAGGUAAAGUCCAUCGGAUACUGAGUGACCUACCCACCACCGUUGACUGUGCCUAUGAGAGAAUCUUGGAUCGAAGUCCAGAUAAGGAAAAGGCUAAGAUAACUCUCCAUAUUAUUACGGCAGCUAUGCGACCUCUUUCCUUGGAAGAACUAUCUCUGGCCCUAGCACUCAGCGCAGGCUAUCAAGCCCCAACAGAUAUAGUUGAUAACAUGGAGCCAACGCAUCGCUUCAAAAAGACCCUAAGAGACCUUUGCGGGCUCUUUGUGAUCAUUCUGGAUGACAAGGUCUAUCUUCUGCAUCAGACGGCGAAAGAGUUUUUGGUUCGGGACAACAACUCUAUCCUGGACAAAACCCUCUCCCAACCCACAACAGGGUGGAAGUAUUCACUCCUUCCAGGUGAAUCGAACCGGAUCCUUGCGGGAAUAUGCAUUUCCUGUAUAUCUCUUGAUCCAGAAAACUUUCCUCAGAAAUGUAUGCUAGAGUACUCAUCAUCUUACUGGGACACUCAUUUCCGUCAAGCUUGCAUUCCAGACGAAGACCCGCUAAUAGACCGCGCGAAGUUACUUUGCGAACCAUGGUCGGAUAUAUUUCAAACAUGGUCGAGGAUUUAUGCUGUCAAAACAGAUAAUAUUCCUGACAGCACUUCAUCACUUUUGAUUGCAUCAUCCAUGGGGCUUAUCGGCGUGGUUAAGUCCAUUCUUCCUACAGGAAAAGCAAACCUUAACUCAAAGGAUUCGGAUUACGAUCAGACACCAUUAUCAUGGGCAGCGGAACGUGGCCACGUGGCAGUUGUGAAGCUUCUGCUUGCCGCAGAGGAAGUGGACAUCGACUCGAGGAACUCAAUUGGCCGAAGCCCACUGUCAUUAGCAGCUCAGAAUGGUCACGACGAAGUGGUGAAGCUCCUAAUCCGUGAAGAUGUGGACAUCGAUUCGAAGGAUGUGCCUGGCAGUACGCCGCUAGCACUGGCAGCUGAGAAUGGCCACGAGAGAAUAGUUCGCCUUCUACUUGCUACAGGAAAGGCCGACAUCGACUCCAGAGAUUCAUCUGGAAAUAGUCCCCUGUCGUUGGCAGCACAGUUUGGCCACGAGGCAGUGGUAAAAAUCGUCCUUGCUACUGGAGAGGUUGAUGUCAAUAACAAGGAUUCAAGGGGCAAGACCCCAAUAUCCUGGGCAGCAAGGGAAGGCUACGAAGCAGUAGUAAGGCGCCUUCUCGAUACAGGAAAGGUAGAAGUUGACUGCAAGGACUCCGAUAACGGUACUCCUCUGCUUUUGGCAGCAAUAGAAGGUUGUGAGGGAAUUGUGAAGCGAUUGCUUGCUACUGGACAGGUUGAUGUUAACAUAAGAGAUCGAAGAUAUGGUAGGGAGCCGCUUUCCUGGGCUGCUGGGGAAGGCCACGAGGCAGUGGUUAAGCUGCUUCUUUCUACCCGGGAGGUGGAUGUUGAUGUAAGGGAUCCGAGAUAUGGCAGGUCACCGCUUUCGUGGGCUGCUGGGGAAGGCCACGAGGAAGUGGUUGAACUUCUGCUUGCUACGGGAAAGGUAGAUGUUGAAUCGAAAAGCAUAAGGGGUCGUACUCCCCUUUCUUGGGCGGCGUGGGAGGGUCAUGACAUAGUGGUAAAACUCCUGCUCGCUACUGGUGAGGUGGUUGUCAACAGCAGAGAUUCGGAGGGUCGUACGCCGCUGUCUUGGGCAGCGGAGAAUGGCAACGAGGCUGUGAUAAAGCUCCUCAUUGCUACGGGAAAUGCAGAUGUUAGCGCCAGGGAUGUAAAUGGGCGCACACCUCAGGAUUGGGCGGCAGAGUAUGAUCACCAGAGUGUGGUGAAAAUUUUUCGGAUGUGCUAG